AUGUAUCUGGAUCAAGCUAUCUGUAAUUGGACAAGGCAAUCCGAGAAUGUGGUGAUUGCAGCAGACCUACUGCAUGUGUACGUAGGCGUGAAAAGACGUGUAGUUGUAAAUGAGGAGCAAGAGAUUUACGAAGGUCCCAAAAAUGUUGCACUUGAAGAUGUUGUGUUUGGUGGUGGACCUAAGGACAAAUCAGGUCUUACAGAAUAUGUUGAUCAUGUGGGUUGUGAACAGUGGGAUGACUUGAAUCGUGGAGAGUUAAAGCUGGUAGCAUAUGGAAGGAAGUUGAGUGGUUUGCCUAACCCCCCUACCCCCCCUCCCCCAAAUAAGGAGAUCAUGAGAGUGAUGCAUGAUUCAGGGUUACUUCCAUUGACAGAAUGUAGUUAUGAAAUUGGUGACAAAAGACUUUUAUCUGAUUUUGCUGAGAGGUGGCAUCGUGAGACCAACACCUUUCAUUUGCCCAUAUGA